AUGGGCUGGAGCUCUUGGAAUAACUUCGGCCCCGACAUCAGCGAAACGCUAAUCCGUGAAACUAUCGAUGCCAUGGAAAAGAACGGACUAAAAGAUGCAGGGUUCGUUUACGUCAACUUGGACGACGGAUGGCAGCGCUACAAAGGACUGCGGUCGGAACAUCCUCUGGAAGUCGACCCAGUGAAAUUCCCCAACGGCAUCAAACCUCUGGCAGACUAUGCACACUCUAAGGGCUUCAAGUUGGGCAUGUAUAGUGGACCUGGUGACACUACAUGUGCAGGAUACACGGGUUCAGAAGGCCAUGCGGAAGAAGAUGCAAAGAUGUUUGCAUCGUGGGGAAUUGACCACCUCAAAUACGACGCCUGUUGCUCGCACCACGAUGAGCCACAAGAAGUCGUGCAGCAAGUCAUGCUCGACAUGAGCAAAUCCCUCAUCGCGACUAACCGUUCUAUAGUCUUUCACGCAUGUCACUGCGGCUGGGCUAAUACGUGGGAAUGGGCGGCCGAAGAGGGCGCCAAUCAAUGGCGAAUUGGACAGGAUAUCUCUGACGACUUCAACUACCCCGGGUUUCGCGAGAAGUACUAUUUCGACGUACUUGAUAUGUUGGACCGUGGAAACAACAUCACGCAAUAUUCUGGUCCGGGGCAUUGGAAUGAUUAUGAUAUGUUAAUAGUGGGGCUAAAUGGCGAAAGCAAGCAGCUAGUCGGAACCGGCGCUACCAACCUUGAAUACCGCACUCAUUUCAGCAUGUGGUCGAUGGUCAACUCGCCCCUCCUUAUCGGUUCUGAUGUCCGCAAUCUCGACAAAUAUAACCUCGACACCCUCACCAACAAGGAAAUCAUUGCGCUCAACCAAGACGCUCUUGGUCAGCCCGCCACCGUGGUUUACGAAUCCGAAGAUAAAGAUGUCCAGAUUUACGCGAGAGAGCUGUCUGAUGAGACGAUGGCAAUUGCCUUGCUGAAUCGUGGAAGUGAGACCGCGGAUAUUACUGUUAGUAUGAGGAGAGAUUUGACGGUUCCGUGGGACGUGUAUAAGUUGAGAGAUUUGUGGAAAGGGAAGGAUUUGGGGCCGUAUGAUAUUCCGUUUACGGUUGAGGUGAGGCCGCAUGAGGCGAAGAUUUAUAGAGCGACGGCUAUUGUGAAGGGGAACUGA